GGGCACGGACUAAAGCUUUUUGUCUAAUGGUCACACAACAAAAUAGGCUUAGGAGAUGGAGUGAAUGAGCAUUGAAACACCCAUCCCAUCAAGCAUUAGGAAUAUUACUGAGAUUGGAGAACCCAAAUCAAAUUGUUCUGUAAGAGAGGGAAUUGUCGAUUCCCUUUGUGGAAGCAUGGGAAUUCUGAGGAGUGAAGGCUCAUCAUCAUGCAACAAAAUGCCACAAGAACAUCAUGAACCUUCUUCCCCGACCGAGUCCUCGUCAAUCUCCAAAUCCACCAAGAACAAGAUCAAAGAAUCUUCAAUGGGCACCGGCAGCAGCAACAGCAUGAUGAGCCUGACCCCGCCGAGCCUCAGCUUCCCCUCCCACAAGCUCCAGCUGCCCGACGAGGACAUCGAGAUCCAGUCCCCGACGAGCGCCCUCCUCGAGUCCCUCCUCUCGGACCAGCUAGACGGGGACUUCAUGAUCUCAUCCCCCGUCAGGACCACCCUCCCUUCUCCCCCUCAGAAUCCAACCUCCUACAACUACGCCUUCAACAACUCCCACGCCGUCUCGAGCUUCUCCCCUCCUCGGUUCUCCUCCCUUGGGUUCCUUGGGAAUAACAAGGGCAAGGGCAUGAGCCCUCUCCAUAGAGUGUACAACUCUCCUAACAAUAACAGCUAUAUGCAGAUGGAUCAGAGCAGUAGUCUCGCCCUGCCGGCUAUCGAGGACCUGCUCGAGGAGUAUCAGAAGGACGAGUACGGCGGGGCCUACUCCCACUGCUUUGAUAUGCCGGAUGCAGCCUCCGCCUCGCUUGAUGGGCUGCAUAUUGGGAGCUCAUCUUCCUCAAGCGCAUUCUGUACUGGUUCCAGGACGGAGCAGCCAUCCUCCCGCAUCUCGAGGCUGAGCCAGGAGGGCGACAUGUACCAGAUGAGCUCUGUCACUGCUAAUGCAGCCGUUACUGCAAGCACGGGGUCGGCAUCUUUGUCGCAACAGUUGCAACAGGAGAGGCACCAGGAGAAGCAGCUUCAAGAACAAAACGUUAACAAUUUGAUGGGACCGCCAGUUCCUAUGGGCUUAGAGCAGGAACAAGACAGUGGUCUUCAACUAGUGCACCUCCUCCUCGCCUGUGCCGAGGCAGUGUCCAAAGAGGACUUCAUGCUGGCCCGGAAGUACCUCCACCACCUCAGCCGUGUGGUGAGUCCCCUCGGAGACUCCAUGCAGCGUGUAGCCUCGUGUUUCACGGAGGCCUUAAGCGCCCGCCUCACAGCCACACUAGCCACCCGCCCAACCUCCUCCGCAGGCGGCAGCGCAUUCUCCUCUGCCCUGAAACCACCGCCCUUCUCCCCCUUCCCCCCUAACUCGAUAGAGAUUCUCAAAAUCUACCAGAUCCUUUACCAGGCAUGCCCUUACAUAAAGUUUGCUCACUUCACUGCGAACCAGGCCAUCUUUGAGGCCAUUGAAUUCGAGGAGCGGGUCCAUGUGAUUGACCUUGACAUCCUCCAGGGCUACCAAUGGCCAGCCUUUAUGCAGGCACUGGCCGCAAGGCCAGGAGGUGCUCCGUUCCUCCGAAUUACCGGCGUGGGUCCAAACCUCGACUCUGUGAGAGAGACAGGCCGGUGUCUGACUGAGCUGGCCCACUCCCUUCACAUCCCGUUUGAGUUCCACCCGGUAGGAGAGCAGUUGGAGGACUUGAGGCCGCACAUGCUCCACCGGCGGGUUGGGGAGGCGCUGGCUGUGAACUCGGUGAGCAGGCUCCACCGUGUCCCGGGCCACUGCCUGGGGCCCCUGCUCGCCAUGAUACGGGAUCAGGCCCCGAACAUCGUGACACUGGUGGAGCAGGAGGCUAGCCACAACGGGCCCUACUUCCUGAGCCGGUUCCUCGAGGCCCUUCACUUCUACUCGGCUAUCUUCGACUCACUCGAUGCCACCUUCCCACCUGAUUCGUCCCAGAGAGCCAAGGUCGAGCAGUACAUCUUUGCGCCAGAGAUACUCAACAUCGUAGCCCACGAGGGAGCCGAGAGGACAGCCAGGCACGAGCGGCUCGACAAGUGGAGGAAGAUAAUGGAGGGGAAAGGGUUCAAGGGGAUCCCCCUCAGCGGGAACGCCGUGACGCAGUCGAAGAUACUAUUGGGACUGUAUUCAUGCGACGGCUACAGGUUGACAGAAGACAAGGGCUGCUUGCUCUUAGGGUGGCAAGAUAGAGCCAUCAUCGCUGCCUCUGCAUGGAGAUGCUGAGAAGCCAUAUAAUAACCCUAAAUUAACUCUUCUUCGUGUUCUUGCAUGUUUGCAUGUGUCUUUUUGCCCAUUCUAGGGUUCUUUUAUUACCCUUCUUUUUAGUCAUAUGGGUUUUAAUUUUAUGAUUUAUUCUCUGGCGAAGCAAUCCACAUCUAAAGGGGGACUGAAGGUGAGUAAACGUCUGAACUGGAGUUAAUUAGUCACAGUCAACAAACCGAUAGCAUCAUGUGUUUUACUCAAUGAUAGACCGAAAAGUGGGAAUCAUAUGUAUGCUUUUGUUUCAGAAAAAAAAACUGGCCCUAG